UUUCACUCCGUAAAUUCAAGAUGUCUGCGCCCAUGGUGUGAUAAGGACGUGUUGACCAAUUGAUCACAUCCUCUGUGGACAGAAGAUUACUGGUAUGGAAAAUAACAAGAAGAUGAAGAGGAAAAGAGAAGGCGCUCAUGAAGUGCACAGGAAAAGACAGUGUGUAGAUGAAACAAUUAAAACAAAACGUUUAAAGGAAAUCAAUCGCACAAAGAACAACUCUAAAUCAAACCCCACAAAAGUACAUGUCGAGGAUAACUCAAUGACACAGACAAAAAAAAUACCAAAAAAAUACAGAAACAAAUCUUUUUUCAAGAAAAAAAGAAAUAUGAGUACCGUGAAAAGUGAAGUGACAGAAAAGGAUUGUAUUACUCAAGAGACAGAUAAAAAUAAUUCCAGUGUUCGCCUAAAGACAGAUAAAAAGCGUGAUGUUCAUAUUCCAAAUCAACCAGAAGACUUCUCUUCAAACUGGGAAAAGCUAAAGCAGAUUUUAUCACCAGCAAAUCCGAAGAAGCAAGUUCGAAAGAAAAAAGUGGAAAAAAUUGAACCAGAAAUCCAGCCUGAUAUCUGGUUUGAUGAUGUUGACGAAUCACUUUUAGAUGUUCCAAUAAAGGAAAAGGAGAAAAAGAAACAAGGCGUAGACUCUUUGGUGAAAGAUGGCGUUUGCACUGGAUUGACCAAGGCUUUAGCAUUGGACUGUGAGUUUGUUGGGGUCGGCAAUAAUAGCCGGGAGAACAUGCUGGCUAGAAUUUCAGUGGUCAAUCACUUUGGCCACUGUAUCUACGACACCUUUGUUAAGCCUCAGGAGGAAGUGGGCGACUACAGGACAUGGGUCAGUGGUGUCCGUGAGGAGGACAUGCUCAAAGGUGUUGAGUUCUCUGAGGUUUGUCAAAAACUUGCGAAGAUGAUAAAAGGAAGAAUAUUGGUGGGACAUGCAAUAAAUAACGAUUUGAAGGUACUGUAUCUGAGUCCCCCAAGAAAGCUGAUCCGAGAUACAUCUAAGUACAAACCUUUCAGAAAAAUGUUUGAUGGCAGGACUCCAUCCUUAAAGAAACUGACAGAAAAAGUUCUGAACGUAACAAUACAGGAAGGAGCGCAUAGCUCG